CUGUCAUUCCCCUCGCUCGUUCGUUCGGAUUCCAAUUCACGUUUCUUGUUCUUGUUCUUGUUCUUCUUCUCUCUCUCUCCCUCUCUCCCCUUGUAAUCUCUCUCAUGAAUUUGCUUUCAGGUACUGACAGCUUCACCUGAACUCUGAACGAUCUACCAAUUCGUCGAAAUUUCAGUUCCUUCACUGACCUCGUUCUUUCUUUCUACCACUAAGUUUUCUCUGGGAGGAAGAAUGGCUGGAAAAGUUAUUGGCAAACGACAGAUGGCUUCCUUUGAUUUUGAGCUUAUUGAAGGUGAUGUUGGUCAAAUAAGGACUGUUGAAGCAUCACCAAACCAGAUUAGUCCAUGGAUUGACCCUGCAACAAUAAAACUGAGACACAGAAUUGGGAGGGGUCCUUUUGGUGAUCUAUGGCUAGCAACUCAUCAUCAAGCAACUGAAGAUUAUGACGAGUAUCAUGAAGUGGCUAUCAAGAUGUUGCAUCCAAUUAAGGAAGAUAAUGUUAAGGUUGUAUUAGAUAAGUUCAAUGAUUUGUUUUCUAAAUGUCAAGGCUUAAAGGGUGUUUGUUGGUUGCAUGGCAUUUCGAUUAUUAGUGGAAAGAUAUGUAUUGUCAUGAAAUACUAUGAGGGAUCAGUUGGUGACAAAAUGGGUAGCCUUAAAGGGGGAAAACUCUCAUUGCAUAAUAUUUUGAGGUAUGGGAUGGAUUUGGCUCAGGGAAUUAUGGAACUGCAUUCAAAAGAGAUUUUAGUUCUUAACCUCAAACCUUUUAAUUUCCUUUUGAAUGAAAAUGAGGGGGCAGUUCUUGGAGAUUUAGGGAUUCCUUAUGUGUUGCUCGGAAUUCCAUUGCUAAGUUCAGAUAUGGCUCGAAGACUUGGAACCCCAAACUACAUGGCUCCAGAGCAAUGGCAACCAGAAGUAAGAGGUCCAAUAUCCUUUGAAACUGAUUCAUGGGGGUUUGGUUGCAGCAUUGUGGAGAUGUUCACUGGAAUUCAGCCUUGGCGUGGAAAGUCUGUGGAUGAAUUAUAUAACUUAGUUGUUAAAAAACAAGAGAAACCACAAAUUCCCAGUGGCCUUCCUCCUGCUGUUGAGAAUGUCAUAAUUGGGUGUUUUGAGUAUGACCUCCGAAGUCGUCCUGUGAUGGCAGACAUCCUACAUGCUUUUAAAAGCUCUCAGAAUGCAGUUCUUCAGGAUGGAGGCUGGACAGGUCUCACUAGUAGAACAAUAAUAGACAAAUCAAGUGGCAGUGGAUACACAGAGUGGUUUCUUUCAAAAGAUCAACUCCAAGUGGGGGACAUGGUACGGUCCAGGAAGCCAUCUAACUCAUGCAAACAUGAAAACAUGGAUGUUCCAGAAGGGACUAUAGUUGGUUUAGAACGUGACGCAGAUCAAAAUGGGUUUGUUUUAGUUCGGGUCCAUGGGAUCCACGACCCAAUAAGAGUUCAUGGAUCUACAUUGAAGCGGGUCACAUUUGGUUUGGCAGCAGGGGAUUGGGUACGUUUGAAGGAGGAAGACAAGAAGCACUCACCGGUGAGUAUUCUUCAUUCGAUCCAUCGCGAUGGAAGUGUUGCUGUUGGGUUUAUAGGAGGGGAGACCCUUUGGAAGGGUACUUACUCAGAGCUCCAGAUGGCAGAAUCGUAUUGUGUGGGCCAGUUCGUGAGGCUGAAAUCGAAUGUUUUUAGCCCUAGAUUUGAAUGGCCUCGAAAAGGAGGUGGUGAAUGGGCCACUGGAAGGGUUUGUCAGAUCUUACCAAAUGGGUGCCUUGUUGUCAGGUUCCCAGGAAGAUUGACAUUUGGAGAUGAAACCAGCAGCUUCCUGGGUGUGGAAGUUGUUUCUUUUAAUACUUGUCCAGAUAUGAUUAAGAAGUAUCAACAUCUUGAAGAUUUUCACUGGGCUGUGAGGCCUCUUUUGAUUGCAUUGGGUCUAUUCACUGCCAUGAAACUCGGACUUUUUGUUGGGAAGAAAAUGGGAAGGUCAAAGGUGAGGAAGCGAAACAAGGUUGUGAUGCUAACUGACAGUCAACACAUGGAUGGACAGAGUGUUGGCAAUGCGGCAUGGCUUCCUCCAAAAGUAGCAAACAUUUUUAGAGAAGGGGUCAGUGCAACUACCACUCGGUAAUCAUCAAGCAUCUGCCAAAAGCUUUCCACUGAGAUUUGUUGACCUAACUUGGAAUUCGAUGAAGCUAUAUUUCGGAUCUGGUAAGAACUGAAACUCUCUGCAAAGUAAUCUCAUAUGUAAAUAGAUGGAUGAUUGUUUGUUUAAUUACUGCUCUAAGGUGUAUAUACGUUUAAUCAGUGACUUUUGCUGUAAAGAUGUUUAUUUGCUAUGUCUUAUGUCUUUUUUUUAUUACAAUCAAAGAAAUCUUAAGUUGAUACUUGACAGAAUUGUGUAUGAGAAUGGGUUUUGUUUCUGGCA